AUUAGACAACCGACCAAGGAAGAUCUGGCGACAGAGAGAAACAUUCUAGGCAUUGUAUCGGUGCUGUAGUGUUUAUCCCCAGCUGGUAAUAUUUUUAGCUAUCUCAUUCCCCUUCAAAAGUCGAGAUGAGUGACGAUCAAGAAUUGGCAGCAAUUCGCAAUAAAAGGAUGCAAGAGCUGCAAGGAAUGCAGGGGCAACAGGAACAGCAGCGUGAGCGAAUGCAACAACAGCAUCAGGCUAUUAAUGGACUUUUGAAUCAAGUUUUGGAUCAGCAAGCGAGAGCAAGAUUAAACACCAUCAUGGUAGCCAAGCCAGAAAAGGGUAAGCAAGUGGAAUCAAUAAUUGUACAAAUGGCCACUACAGGACAGAUUGGAGGCAAGCUAUCAGAACAUGAUCUCAUUGGCUUGAUUGAGAAGGUUAAUGCACAAACACAGAAAACUACAACAGUAAAGUUUGACCGACGGAGAGCAGCUUUGGAUGACGACGAUGAUGAUUGGUAAAUUAGAAACUGCAAUCUUAAUGCAGAAACAUGCUCAUGCUAAAAGUUAUAUUGUCAUUUAAUAAAGGUAUUAGACUGAAAAGUUAUAACUUUGACAUACAUAUUCAGUACAGCAGGCUUAUUCUUGAUAAUGCUAAGUGUUUUCCUCUUGCUUUCUGUUUGCUUUAGAAUGUUUUGGCUUAAGGAACUACAUAUACAAUACUUUUGAAGAUGUUUAGAAAGUUCUUGUCCUGAAACUUUGAAUUUUUUUUUUUUAAGAUAUUUCAGACAUUUUCAUCAUUCAUCCUGAUAAGAACAAGAGAUUAGCUGAAGUUGCAUGAGAAUUUUAAAUGUACACAAAACUUGUCAAUUUAUACCCUAUAAAUGGUUUAACUAAAAUUUUGACCUAAUUGAAUUUUUAAAACCUUUUGAGAACCCUUAUACAAUAUUAUAUAAAGUAUAAUACUAAAGCUUACAA